GUUCAGACGCUGUUCGGCGAAGCUGGAAGAAUUUCCGUCUAAACUCAAACACGGGCUACAGAGAAAAAACUAAAGUAGCUUUAACACUGAACACGGAGUUUCAGGGACAGUUAGUGAAGAUGCCGGCGACAGAGAAGGACCUGGCCGAGGACGCACCGUGGAAGAAGAUCCAGCAGAACACGUUCACCCGCUGGUGUAAUGAGCACCUGAAGUGCGUCAAUAAGCGGAUAGGAGACCUGCAGCUGGACCUGAGUGACGGACUGCGUCUCAUAGCUCUGCUGGAGGUGCUGAGUCAGAAGAAAAUGUACAGGAAGUACCACGCCAGGCCCACGUUUCGCCAGAUGAAGCUGGAGAAUGUGUCGGUAGCUCUGGAGUUUUUGGACCGGGAGAACAUCCGCCUGGUGUCUAUAGACAGUAAAGCGAUUGUGGAUGGAAACCUAAAGCUGAUUCUGGGGAUGGUAUGGACCCUCAUUCUUCACUACUCCAUCUCUAUGCCUGUGUGGGAGGAAGAUGAGGAUGAAGAAUCGAAGAAGGCAACUCCCAAACAGAGGCUGCUGGGCUGGAUCCAGAACAAAGUGCCAGACCUGCCCAUCAAUAACUUUAGUCAGGACUGGAGAAAUGGCAAAGCACUGGGAGCACUGGUGGACAGCUGCGCACCGGGUUUAUGUCCUGACUGGGAGACCUGGGAUCCUGUAAAACCAGUAGAAAAUGCUACAGAAGCCAUGCAGCUGGCUGAUGACUGGCUUGGAAUCCCACAGGUGAUUGCUCCUGAAGAGAUCAUUGACCCAAGUGUGGACGAGCAGUCGAUCAUGACGUACCUCUCGCAGUUUCCCAAGGCCAAGCUCAAACCCGGAGCUCCUCUUAAACCUAAACUCAAUCCUAAAAAGGCCCGUGCUUAUGGCCCAGGUAUCGAGCCAGUGGGCAACAGAGUGAUGAAGCCUGCAGUGUUCACUGUGGAUACAUUCAGUGCAGGACAGGGUCAGGUCACUGUCUACAUUGAGGAUCCUGAGGGCAUGAGGGAGGAGGUCAAGGCUGUGCUCAAUGAAGGCAAAAAGACCUACAGCGUGACGUAUGUUCCUCAAGUAAUGGGACCCCACAAGGUGACUGUCCUUUUUGCUGGCCAGCAAAUUCCCAAAAGUCCCUUUGAGGUGAAUGUGGAUAAGGCUCAGGGUGAUCCCACCAAGGUCACAGCUAAAGGACCUGGACUUGAGCCGACAGGCAACAUUGCCAGCAAACCAACCUACUUUGACAUCUACACUGCAGGUGCUGGUGUGGGUGAGGUGACUGCAGUGGUUAAAGAUCCCCAGGGCAAUACAAUUCAGUCCAUCGUGGAGGACAAGGGCGACAGUGUCUUUCGCUGCACAUAUAAACCUGUUCAAGCUGGUUCACACACAAUCAACAUCAUGUUUGGAGGCAUCGCCAUACCAAAGAGUCCAUACAGCGUCACCAUCGGCCCAGCAUCCACCCCUGGUGCUUGCCGAGCAACGGGCCGAGGUCUGCAGCCAAGAGGAGUACGUGUACUCCAAGUGGCCGACUUCAAAGUGGACACGAGAAAUGCUGGAAGUGGUGACCUGAAGGUCACAGUGAAGGGUCCCAAAGGCCUGGAGGAGCAGGUGAAGCUGAAGGAAGCGAUGGAUGGUGUGUAUGCGUACGAGUAUUACCCGAAUGCACAGGGCAAGUACACAGUGAGCAUUACAUGGGCUGGCCAGCACAUUCCCAAGAGUCCCUUUGAGGUUCAGAUUGGGCCUGAAGCCGGACCGCAGAAGAUCAGAGCGUGGGGCCCUGGCCUGGAGGGAGGCAUUGUGGGAAAGUCUGCUGACUUUGUGGUCGAGUCUAUCGGCACUGACGUUGGAGUGCUGGGCUUUGCCAUCGAGGGUCCAUCUCAGGCCCGGAUUGAGUGUGAGGAUCAAAACGAUGGCUCGUGUGAUGUGAAGUAUUGGCCCACAGAGUCUGGAGAGUACGCCGUCCAUGUUAUGUGUGAUGAUGAGGACAUUAAAGACAGUCCCUUCAUGGCUUAUAUAGUCCCUGACGAUAAAGCCAACGACUCGGACCAGGUGAAAGCUUAUGGUCCAGGUCUACAGAAGACUGGCGUCAUCAUCAAUAAGCCUGCCGAAUUCACAGUGGAGGCUAAAGAUGCUGGAAUGGGAGCCCUGAAAAUCACUGCACAGAACCUGGACGGUGAGCCGAUAGACGUGAAGGUGAAAAAUAAAGGCAACGAUGUGUACUCCUGCUCUUACACCCCCACCUCAGCCGUCAAACACACUGUAGCUGUGACCUGGGGAGGGGUCAGCGUACCCAACAGCCCUUUCAGGGUUAACGUUGGGAAGGGAAGUCACCCUCACAAAGUAAAAGUGUUCGGUCCAGGGGUGGAGAGAACCGGACUCAAAGCUCACGAGCCCACACACUUCACUGUGGAUUGUACAGAAGCUGGAGAAGGAGAUGUCAGUGUGGGUAUUAAGUGUGAUGCCAACGUGAUCAGUGAUAAGGAAGAGGAUGUUGAUUUUGACAUCAUUCCUAAUGCCAACGACACAAUCACUGUGAAGUACGUUCCACCAGGAGCUGGACGCCUCACCAUCAAAGUCCUGUUCACUGAUCAAGAAAUUCCUUCGAGCCCAUUCCGUGUGAAAGUGGAUCCUUCACAUGAUGCUUUCAAAGUUAAGGCAGAGGGGCCAGGACUUGCCCGUGCAGGAGUGGAGAGUGGAAAGCCCACUCACUUCACAGUUCACACCAAAGGUGCAGGUAAAGCUCCAGUUGAUGUACAGUUCUCUGGUCCUAAUAAAGAACCCGUCCAAGGCUUUGAGAUAAUUGACAACUAUGAUUACUCCUACACCGUCAAGUACACACCUGUCCAACAGGGUGAGAUGGUGAUCACUGUUACUUUCGGAGGUGAUUCCAUCUAUAAAAGUCCUUUCACUGUUGGAGUGGCAGCACCGUUAGACCUAAGCAAGGUUCAAGUCAAUGGCCUGGAAAGCAGAGUGGAAGUGGGGCAGGAUCAGGAUUUUGCUGUGGACACUAAAGGAGCAGGUGGGCAGGGUAAGCUGGAAGCCCGGAUCAUUGACCCGAGUGGAAAGUCUGUACCCUGUGUGGUGGAGCCUCAACCUGGCAAAGGAGUCAGCCUGGUGAAAUAUCUCCCAAAAGAGGAGGGAGUCUACUCUGUGGAAAUCCUCUAUGAUGGGAACCCAGUGCCUGGCAGCCCCUUUCCUGUGGAAGCUACGUUACCCCCUGAUCCCAGCAAGGUGAAAGCUUUUGGUCCGGGUCUGAAAGGAGGUUUGGUUGGAAACCCUGCCGAGUUCACUAUCAAUACCAAGGGAGCUGGUACUGGUGGGCUUGGUCUUACUGUGGAGGGGCCAACUGAAGCUAAAAUCGAGUGCUCUGAUAACGGGGACGGCACCUGCUCUGUAUCUUACCUUCCUACCGAGCCUGGUGAAUACCUCGUCAACAUCCUGUUUGAGAACGUCCACAUUCCUGGCUCUCCCUUCCAUGCUGAUGUCCAGUACCCAUUCGAUCCCACUCAAGUGGUGGCAUCUGGUUCAGGUCUGAAAAGGGGCAAAGUGGGUGAGAUUAGCGUACUAAAUGUAGACUGUGCUAAAGCUGGACCUGGUCAGCUGACACUGGAGGCUGUCUCUGACACUGGCUCUAAGGCGAAAACUGAAGUGCUGGAUAACAAGGAUGGCACUUACACUGUUACCUAUGUGCCACUGUCAGCGGGCAUGUACACCUUGCUGCUUAAAUAUGGAGGAAAAACCGUUCCCAACUUCCCUGCUAAAGUAGUGGUGGAUCCAGCUGUCGACACCAGCAAAGUGAAGGUGUUUGGACCAGGAGUGGCAAAUGAAGGUGUCUUCAGGGAGGCCACCACUGACUUCACAGUGGAUGCUCGACCUUUAACCAAAACGGGAGGAAAGCACAUUAAAGCUCAGAUUAAAAACCCAUCAGGUUCUUCCACUGAUUGUGCCAUCGCUGAUCAGGGUGAUGGCACCUACAAAGUGGAGUACACGCCGUUUGAGAAAGGUGCUCAUGCAGUGGAGGUGCUGUACGAUGAGACGCCUGUACCAAAAAGCCCAUUCCAGGUGGUAGUGGGUGACGGUUGUGAUCCCACUCGAGUAGUGGCCAAAGGUCCUGGAUUGGAGGAAGCUCUAACUGAUAAGCCUAAUAAGUUCUCGAUCAUCACCAGAGGAGCAGGUAUUGGAGGCCUUGGCAUUGCAGUUGAGGGGCCCUCAGAGUCCAAGAUGUCUUGCAAAGACAACAAGGAUGGCAGUUGCAAUGUUGAGUACACUCCUUAUGUUCCUGGCGUGUAUGAUGUAAACAUCACAUAUGGUGGACAGCCCAUUCCUGGAAGUCCAUUCAAGGUGCCUGUGAAGGACAUUGUGGACUCCAGUAAGGUGAAGCUUGCUGGGCCUGGAUUGAGUUCAGGUGUGCGUGCUAAAAUCCCCCAGUCUUUCACUGUGGACUGCAGCAAGGCUGGCAUAGCACCACUUUCUGUAGCUGUAACUGGCCCUAAAGGCGUGGCUGAGCCUGUUGAAAUAACAGACAACGGUGAUGGCACACACACUGCAGCCUACACACCAUCAGUGGAGGGACCCUACUCUGUAGCAGUCAAAUAUGCUGAAGAAGAGAUACCGCGCAGCCCAUUUAAACUGCGAGUCCUGCCCACACAUGAUGCCAGUAAGGUUUGUGCUAGUGGGCCAGGACUGACCUCAGGUCUUCCGGCCAGCCUGCCUGUCGAGUUCACCAUUGAUGCCAAAGAUGCAGGAGAGGGCCAACUGUCAGUCCAGAUUACCGACCAAGAUGGUAAACCUAAGAAAGCGAGCAUUCAGGACAACCAGAAUGGGACAUACAAGGUAUCUUAUGUGCCAGAUAAAGUUGGCCGGUACACAAUUGUUAUCAAAUAUGGAGGUGAUGAGAUCCCAACCUCUCCCUAUAAAGUGCGGGCGACCACCACAGGCGACGCUAGCAAGUGCACAGUCACUGGUCCUGGCAUUGGUCCCACCAUUGGCAUUGGUGAGGAGGUGGGCUUCGUGGUGAAUGCUAAAGGGGCAGGAAAUGGAAAGGUCUCGUGCAUUGUUGUCACUCCUGAUGGAACUGAGGUGGAGGCUGAAGUCAUCGAGAACGAGGACGGUACUUUUGACAUCUUCUACACGGCACCAAAGCCAGGAUCGUACGUGAUCUAUGUGCGCUUUGGUGGAGAGAACAUCCCACACAGCCCCUUCAAAGUCAUGGCUACUGAUGAGGCUCCUGUGCAACAGCAGCAGUCAGUCCUGCAGAAUCAGGCUGCUCCAGGUGCCGGCUUCCAGCCCUGGGUCACAGAUGGCUCGUAUGUUCCAGUGAGCAGUAUGAAUGGUUCAAGCUUCCGGCCAUUCGACAUGGUCAUUCCUUUUUCCUUCAGCAAAGGUGAAAUCACAGGUAAAGUCCACAUGCCGUCUGGCAAAACAGAUGAGCCUGAGAUUAUAGACAACAAAGAUGGAACGGUCACUGUCAAAUACGCUCCUACAGAGACGGGCCUGCAUGAGAUGCACAUCAAAUACAACGGCGCCCACAUUCCUGAGAGUCCUCUACAAUUCUACGUCAACCAUUCUAACAGUCCCAACGUUACAGCUUACGGACCGGGCCUUGUGUAUGGUGUCGCUAACAAACCAGCUUUAUUUACCAUCUAUACCGAGGAUGCUGCUGAAGGUGGACUGGACCUGGCCAUUGAAGGCCCAUCUAAGGCAGAGAUCAGCUGCGUGGACAAUAAGGACGGCACUUGCACAGUCACAUAUCUGCCCACGCUGCCCGGGGAUUACAACAUUCUGGUGCGAUAUAAUGACAAACACAUCGCCGGCAGCCCCUUCACUGCCAGGAUCACAGAGGACAAUAAGAGGAGGUCUCAUGUAAAGCUGGGCUCGGCUGCUGAUUUUGCUCUGGACAUCACAGAGACUGACCUCAGUCUGCUCACAGCAAGCAUCAAAGCUCCAUCAGGUCAUGAUGAACCGUGUCUUCUUAAGAGACAGCCCAACAAUCACAUCGGUAUUUCCUUCAUACCCCGAGAGGUUGGUGAGCACUUGGUCAGCAUAAAGAAGAAUGGACGGCACGUCGCUAACAGCCCAAUCUCCAUAAUGGUACUACAGUCUGAAAUAGGAGACGCCAGCAGGGUGAAAGUGUUCGGGCCUGGACUGGUCGAAGGGUGCACCUUUCAGAGUGCUGACUUUGUUGUGGACACCAGAGAUGCUGGUUAUGGUGGGCUAGCUCUUUCCAUUGAGGGUCCAAGUAAAGUGGACAUUCAGACAGAGGACAUGGAUGAUGGAACCUGCGGUGUCUCAUAUAGUCCCACAGAACCUGGUACUUACCUAGUGUCCAUCAGGUUUGCUGAGGAUCAUGUUUCUGGCAGUCCAUUUAGUGUGAAAGUAACCGGAGAGGGGCGCAUUCGUGAAAGUAUCAGCCGUCGCCAGAGAGCUGCUUCUGUCGCCUCUGUCGGAAGUGUUUGUGAUCUUAACCUGAGGAUCCCAGAGAUCGACAUCCAUGAUGUGUCUGCUCAGGUCACCAGCCCAUCAGGAACUACUGAACCUGCUGAGAUUGUGCCGGUGGGCAACCACACUUACUGCGUCCGCUUUGUGCCCCAUGAAAUGGGUGUGCACACAGUAAGUGUGAAAUACCGUGGACAGCAUGUGCCAAGCAGUCCAUUCCAGUUCACUGUGGGUCCUCUGGGAGAUGGAGGGGCCCAGAAAGUAAGGGCUGGGGGUCCUGGCUUGGAAAGGGCAGAGAUUGGCGUACCAGCUGAAUUCAGUAUCUGGACACGUGAGGCGGGUGCUGGCGGUCUGUCCAUUGCUGUUGAGGGCCCAAGUCGUGCUGAAAUCUCCUUUGAGGACAAGAAGGACGGAUCCUGCGGUGUCUCCUAUGUGGCUCAGGAACCUGGGGACUAUGAAGUGUCUGUGAAGUUCAAUGACCAGCACAUACCUGACAGCCCAUACCUGGUGCCUGUCUGUGCCCCUGCAAGUGAUGCCCGUCGCCUCACUGUUACCAGUCUUCAGGAGUCAGGCCUCAAGCUGAACCAGCCAGCUUCUUUCGCUGUACGUCUGAACGGUGCUCAAGGUACCAUCGAUGCCAAAGUACACAGUCCCUCUGGCGCGCUUGAAGACUGUGUGGUUUCACAACUGGAACAAGAUAAAUACGCCAUUCGAUUCAUCCCACGUGAGAACGGCAUCCACACCAUUGAUGUCAAGUUUAAUGGCGUGCAUAUCCCUGGCAGCCCAUUUAAGGUGAGAGUGGGCGAGCCAGGACAGACUGGAGAUGCCAGACUGGUCACUGCAACCGGUGCUGGACUGGAGAGCGGAACCACAGGCAACCAGUCAGAGUUCAUCAUCAACACCAGUAAAGCAGGACCAGGCAGUUUGGCUGUGACCAUUGAAGGACCUUCCAAAGUAAAGCUGGACUGUCAGGAGUGUCCUGAGGGCUAUAAAGUGCACUACACACCAAUGGCUCCUGGAAAUUACCUGACCAGCAUCAAAUACGGAGGACCAAAUCACAUUGUCGGCAGUCCAUUUAAGGCCAAAGUCACAGGACAACGUCUUGUCAAUGUGACUAACGCCAGUGAGACAUCUACACUGAUGGUAGAUCCUGUUGUCAGAGCAAUCAAUGCCAACUCCAUCAGCUCAAUGCCCAGAGCUGCCUCUGAUGCUAGCAAGGUGACCAGUCGAGGUCCAGGUUUAAGCAAAGCCUAUGUGGGACAGAAAGCCAGCUUCACUGUGGACUGCAGUAAAGCAGGUAAAAACAUGCUUCUGGUAGGAGUUCUUGGACCUCAGACACCCUGUGAGGAGAUCAUGGUGAAGCACAUGGGCAACAUGCAGUACAACGUCAGCUACAUUCUGAAAGAUCGAGGAAACUAUCUUUUAGCGGUGAAGUGGGGCGAGGACCACAUCCCUGGCUCUCCAUUCCAUGUCUCUGUCCCUUAAGGCUCUGGGAAGUAAUUUUUUGAGAAUUACAAGUCAUUUAACCAGCCAAAUUGUGCAAACAUUUAAUUGCACCAAAUACUAAGGACAACAGAUUGCACUUGACUGUAUUUCAAAUGUGUUGUGCUAAAAUUGCUUAUUCUGUUCAAUUGGUGUUUUACCACUGUAUGCUGACGAGUUUCUCUCAUUGUUAGGGCCACAGUUUAAAAAUGUAGAUCUUGGAUGGUGGUGUCAGCUGAGUUCGUAUUUUUGAAAUAACUACUGAUGAUAUGUAGGCUCCAGUUUUAAUGCACACAUUGCAGUAACAGUUUUUGAUUCUACAAACUGCUGGGUUACCUGAACUACUGUGACGUUUACAUGUUCAUGUAUCAGAUAGAUGUUACUCAAGUUAUGUAAUGAACCACUUAAGACUUUCCACACUUCCUACUUUUACUAAUAAACUAUUGAUGAGUGAGUAGUUAUAAACCAGAAUAUCGAUCAUUUACAGAUAUUUUGCCCCAAACACAGUAUUUUGAUGAUUGACCUUUGUGAUAUUGGUAUUAGACUAGAUUGUAUGUUCAUCUCAUGGGAGUUACAGUGACAGAUGUGGGAUAUUUUCACAUUUAUUCAUGUUUAUAUUAAUAACAUUUUUGAUAAAGUAAUAAAGCAUUUUGUUCGUUUUAAAAGCAACAGGGCUAUGCUACUAUUUUACUUCUAGCCCAGUGUGCCUUAAUGUGAAAAACAUGGAAAUUAUGUACAUUUGGAAAUUGAAGAACUGGAAUAAAGAAAAUAAAUAUUA